UUUAAUCACAAGGCAGAGAAGUCCAUUUUUCCUUAUUGUAUAGCUUCUGCAGCUAAAGGUGAGAAGGAAAAUAAAACGUAUGGUUGUAGGAGAUAGCGAAGACUUUUGAAGUCUCCCACUAAAUUCUGAUGGAUGAAUAUGUUGAUGUGGUGGUUUAUGGAUGAGCACAAAAGAACAUUUCAAGAAGUCGUUUGGUAGAUGUACCAUAGAAUUGUGUUCACAUGAUGCUCAGUUGUAUAGUUCAGAAAGAGACAACGAAUGUUAUGAUUGAGUUGACUUGAGUCUUGUGUAAUGAAGUUAGUGCAUAUUUGACUUAUUUCUAGUGUAGGACGUAGAGAUUUGGGAAAAUCACUAGAACACAAAAUGGCAGAAGCUGUUGUUUCUGUUACAGUGCAGAAGCUAGGAGAGUUGCUCUUGGAAGAACCGUUGCUCUUGUUCGGUAUAGGUGACCAAGUGAAGCAGCUGCAAGACGAAUUGAAGCGUUUGAAGUGUUUCUUGAAAGAUGCAGAUGAAAAGCAGCAAAAAAGUGAGAGAGUACGUAACUGGGUUGCAGGCAUUAGAGAAGCUUCUUAUGAUGCAGAGGAUAUACUCGAGGCGUUUUUCCUCAAAGCAGAAUCAAGGAAACAAAAAGGGAUGACAAGGGUGCUUAGGAGGCUUGCGUGCAUAUUGAACGAGGCGGUUUCACUUCAUAGUGUUGGCUCAGAGAUUAGAGAGAUCACCUCCAGGCUUUCUAAGAUAACAACAAGCAUGCUAAAUUACGGUAUAAAAGAAGCUAUGGGCAGAGAAGGUUUGAGUUUAUCUGAUAGUCAAAGAGAACAAAGACAGUCGUUUCCAUAUGUUGUUGAGCAUAAUCUUGUCGGGUUAGAGCAGAGUCUUGAGAAGUUAGUGAACGAUUUAGUUUCCGGAAGUGAGAAACUAAGAGUCACGUCCAUAUGUGGAAUGGGUGGUUUGGGGAAAACGACUUUGGCCAAACAGAUUUUUCAUCACCACAGAGUGAGGCGUCAUUUCGAUAGGUUUGCUUGGGUAUAUGUUUCUCAAGACUGUAGACGGAGACAUGUUUGGCAAGAGAUUUUUCUGAAUCUCAGCUACAAGGAUGAGAAUCAGCGGAUACUCAACUUGAGGGAUGAACAGCUUGGAGAGGAGUUGCAUCGGUUCUUAAAAAGGAAUAAAUGCCUCAUUGUGCUUGAUGAUAUAUGGGGAAAAGAUGCUUGGGAUUGUCUAAAACACGUCUUUCCACAUGAAACAGGUAAAAUAAUAGUAAUGUUCAAAUACAACUCAAGUUUUAUAAUCCUUGUCAUUUUUAUAUGCUAUACUGUAGGAAGCGAAAUAAUACUCACCACUCGAAACAAGGAAGUUGCUUUAUAUGCUGAUCCGAGGGGUGUGCUUCAUGAGCCACAAUUGCUAAGUUAUGAAGAGAGCUGCGAGCUGUUGGAGAAAAUUUCAUUAUCUGGGAGAGAAAAUAUAGAGCCAAUGUUAAUCACGAAGCUAGAGGCUAUUGGGAAGCAGAUGGUCGUAAGGUGUGGAGGUUUACCUCUAGAAAUAACAGUUCUAGGAGGACUUCUGGCAACGAAAAGUACAUUGAACGAGUGGCAAAGAGUACACGAGAACAUCAAAUCAUAUGUUUCAAAUGGAGGUAGUGGCAGUGGAAGUAAGAGCAUGCUGGUUGCAGAUGUUUUGUGCUUGAGUUAUGAGUACUUGCCUUCCCAUUUAAAGCAAUGUUUCCUCUACUUUGCUCAUUAUCCUGAAAACUAUGAGGUUCAUGUGGAAACAUUGGUUAGUUAUUGGAUUGCAGAGGAAAUGGUUAUGCCUGUAAAACACACAGAGGAUGGCACGACAGUAGAAGAUAUUGGGCAAGAUUAUCUCGAAGAAUUAGUAAGGAGAAGCAUGGUUAUGGUUGGGAGGAGGGACAUUGUAACUUCGGAAGUCAUGACAUGUCGUAUGCAUGACCUCAUGAGGGAGGUUUGUUUAAAUAAAGCAGAGCAAGAAAGCUUUGUGCAAGUUAUUGAUUCAAGGGAUCCAGAUGAAGCUGAGGGUUUCCCAUCUCUUUCAACCAAUACAUCUCGUAGAAUUGCUGUGCAGUUACAUGGUGGUGCAGAGGAACACCGGAUCAAGAGACUUUCACAGGUGAACUACAUAAAUCCUCGGUUUAGGUCUCUUGUGUAUAUUAUGAAGAAACAAGGAAAUUCAUGGGCACUUCUAGGGAAGGUUUCCUUCAGAAAGAUGAAACAUCUUAGAGUUCUUGAUCUCGAGGGAGCUCAAAUUGAGGGAGGGAAGUUGCCAGAUGACGUAGGAGAUCUCAUCCAUUUGAGAAACCUAAGUCUGAGAUUGACAAACGUGAAAGAACUCACAUCAUCUAUUGGAAACUUAAAGUUAAUGAUUACUCUAGAUUUGUUCGUUAAGGGGAAACUGUGUAUUCCAAACGUGAUAUGGAAGCUGCAGCGGCUGAGACAUCUGUGUAUGCCUUCAGAUCUUGAUCCAAAAACGAAGCUGGACUUGAGUACUCUAAGAAACCUGCAGCAACUAUGGGAUUUUCCUGUUGGACAAUGCAAUCCAAGGGAUCUUUUAGCAAUGACAAGUCUUAGAAGAUUGUCGAUCAAUCUAUCUUCGCAGAAUACAGACUUCGAGGCGGUAUCUUCUCUAAGUACAGUCUUGAAACGUCUCCGUGGCUUGACAAUAAACGUUCCCUGCGAACCUUUGCUUCCACCGGUAGAUGUAACACAGUUGGUUUCUGCAUUUACUAAUCUCUCUGAACUGGAACUGUUUCUUAGACUAGAGAAGCUCCCAGGAGAACAAAGUUUUUCGCCUGAUGUUGGUGCUUUACGUUUGUGGCAAUGCGGACUAGUGGAUGACCCGUUUCAGGUUCUUGAGAGGCUUCCAAACUUAAAGAUUCUCCAACUGUUUGAAGGAUCAUUUGUGGGUAGUAAACUUUAUUGUUCCAAAAAUGGUUUUCCUCACCUGCAUUCUUUGACAUUGUCACAGCUUGAGAAUCUAGAGGAGUGGACUGUAGAAGACGGUGCCAUGAUGCGUCUUGUCUCCAUAGAGUUAAAAAGCUGUAAGAAACUGAAGUCAGUUCCUGAAGCAACGAGGUUCCUGAAGAAUCUACAAGAAGUGGAGAUUGGUAACAUGACAAAGACAUUUAAGGAUAAGCUGAUCUCUGGUGGUGAAGAUUUCUACAAGGUUCAACAUGUGCCUUCUGUUGUUUUUGAGUAUUGUGACCUUUAAAGGAUUGAAGAUUACAAGGUGUAUGAUCUCGUUAAAGAUUCACCCUUUCACGUUGAAAAGACAAAGUUUGAUUUUUCA